AUGGUUGUGGCUCACAAAGCUCUGAGGGACCAGAUUUUCCGGAAAUCAAUUUCUACCUCAGACACAGUCACACUUCUUGAUGCCGGGGCUGGUCAAUCCCAGGGUGGUAGGAAGCAUCAAGAGGAUCGGAGCACAGUGAUCUUUCCCAAUCAUUUUCCUUCGGAGGUGAAGGACGAAGUUGCAUUCUUCGCAAUCUAUGAUGGACAUGGUUCUGGAUUGGUUUCGGAUCAUGUUAAUGGCUGUUUGCACCACUUGAUCGGACAGCAUCCGGAGUUCGAACGAGGUAAUUGGCCUGCGGCUAUCAAAGCCGCAUUGGCGGAAGAAGACAGCAUUAUGUUGGAUAGGUUCAAGCAUGAAUCUGCCGAGCCUGCCAUUUCAGGAUCGACAGUGGCAUUGUGUUGCAUUAAUCUCACCAAGGGCGAGCUGGUCGUCUCCAAUCUGGGCGAUUCGCAUGUUAUCCUGGCCGAGCGGGACCGGAAAACAGAGCACCCGUAUCACAUCCGACGUCUCACAGAGGCCCACAAGCCCUCCGACCCCAGCGAGAAGACCCGAAUUGAGAAAGCAGGCGGGCAAGUCAAUGACCGCAGCGGUACAGAGCGCAUUGGUUCCUUGAACAUGUCUCGAGCCCUAGGCGACCUGCAGUACAAGAAUCCGGUGAAUAAUACCUUUACGGACAACUCCGUGCUGGACCCCGCCGCGUCGGCUAGCAGCCGAACGGAGUCUCGGGGCAACUUCCUAUCCAAUGACCCCUACAUCUCGCGACGGACACUGAACCCAGACCGCCGUUACCUGCUCCUAGUGGUGUCCGACGGAGUUACUGAUCGAUUGGACGACACAAGCCUGGUUCAGCACGUGAUGAAGUUGUCGAUGCGGGGAAAACGAGCGAAUGAGAUUGCACAAGAAAUCGCCACCAAUAGUGCGAACAAGCCUCACAGUGACAAUGCAACGUGUAUUGUAGCGAUGCUGGAUGGAAGGGUAUCGUGA